AUGGGCGACCAGCUCACAUUCCUCGUGGCUUUCGCCACUAUCUUCGGGGCUUCAGAGGCCAUCCGACAGAUCCAGUCCGACGCGAGGAAGAAGGAGCACCGCAGCCGCAAGAACAACCUGAUCGUACGAUGCCUCAAGUCUUCGCAGUACAGUCCCACCCUCGAGGGGAGACAGGUUGUCCUCUCGGGUGAAAAGCUCUACGUCGAUACCGGUACAGACUACCGGCAGCCCUUCGGUCACCCCUUCGCUGGGUACUACCUGCCUUUCCCCGAUACUCCAUACUCGGGGCUUGUCUCCACCAUCUGUGACGAGCCGCCCGUCAUGAACUGGAUCUACGUUGACCGAGAGACGUACGAACUCAAGUUCGGCAAUCGUGCGUGGGCGGAGCCCAAUUGGCCGGGCCCGUUUGAUUGCUCCCGUCAGGACCGAAGGUUGACGUUUGGGAGCUGGGAAGGCUUCCUCGCUGUCAAGGAGGGCGACUUCUGGGCGCUGUACUUUGACAUCGAUCAUGAUAACCUCCAGUCCAAAGUGGAAGAGGGAACGCCGGUGCUGGAAGUAGUUUUGCUGCGCAUAGAGAUGCGCACUGGGCCACCCAAACAAGAGCCUGCAGACGAAGGAGGUUCGGAAUGUACGGAGGCUGCGAAUGGAGGAGCAGGAAGGCAGCAGAUGCAGAACCCUGAUCAAGGGUCUGGGAAAGAAGGGACAGAGCAGGAGGAGCAGCUGGAUCCGCCCGACGUAGAUUGA